GCCUCCUCUUUCUUCCAAACACCCACCAUCGUCCAAAUGGCCCCAGAGGUCACUAUAUUCACUCGUGUUUUAUCGAUCCCUCUUGUUUCUUCCUCUUUAUCGACUUUGGAUUCAACCCUGUGCGGCAAUGUCUUCACUCGCUCGCCUUACACGACAGCGCAGGCUUUGACCCACUCUGCAUACUCCUACACAGAGCCAAUCCAGAUUCGCCUCGCACCUUUCAUCAUUCGCGCUGAUGGUUAUGCCAACAAGGGUCUCGAUGCUGUAGAGUCGAGAUACCCUUACCCCUUCAAGGCGAAGCCUGAGGAAAUGGUCAACUACGUCAAGGAGCGGCGAGAGAGCGCGAUGAGUGCAGCCAACAAAACAAUAGACGAGCGGGUAAAAUCGCCAGCUUAUGGCGUCGCACAGGGCAUUGACCAGAGAUUCGCACCGAUCAUAGACUACUUCCAAGUUGCCGUUAACAAGAUAGGCAACGAGUCUGGUGCUUCUUCGCCUGGCUCAGACUCGCAAUAUCAAUAUCAACGCGCAUAUGCUCUUUCAAAACACCUGAAAGACAACCUAUAUGUUUUUUCACAAGAACAUCUCAAACAGCUCCAGUCGCAGAGUGUAUUAGUUCAACGUGCCACUGAUACUGCUCAAAACAUCACUAACCUUGCGUCUUCUUCUCUUACCAAUGCUCAAACACGCAUACACGGACUUUCUGGUUCUAUGGUGCAGGAGUUGCAAAAGCUCCAGUCCUCCACUGCUCAGCUACCGCAGCAACUACAGUCAAACUUCCCUGAUUUGUCUGCAACAAUCACAGAUCUGCGGAAUAUCGUCACAGCCCCUAAUGUUCCUAUGAACGAGAAGGUGAACAAAGUCACAACGGAGGUUAAAGAACGUGUCCGCCCGAUGUUGGAUAAUGUCUCCAGAAGGGUCAGUGAACUUGUCAAUGUGUUGGGUCAAAAGAAGGACGAGGCCAAGAACGAAGUGAACCAGCAGACUAAUGGGCAUGCACCGCUCACUUGAGCACUCGGCAAGUGGCUUUUAUUUUUAAUAUUAUUUCCGCUCCAAUAUUGUUAUGUAAUUCUUUUUGUACGGGCUUGUUCAUGACCCUUAGACUUAUAGACUCUAGACGCUGUCCCCCUCUCCUUAUCUUAUCAUGUUGUUUCUCUACAUACGCAUCUUCUCGUCCGUUCUUGUCCAAUCUUCUCGUUAGUUUUUUUUUGAUCCGGUACCUAUGGCGCCAUGUAUGUUUGAAUAAAAGUUUCGUGAGGUUACGAACCUGUGUAUGACGCCUUUGAAAUAAAAUGAAGUCUCGUUGGUU